GUUGUUUUGGCAUCUCUUUCUCCAGCACCACAAAAUUUGUAUAACUUGCUUACACAAGAUAAUCCAGAUUCAGAUGAACCUUUUGUAACUCAUAUUAGAGCAUACAAUCAGGUUCUUGCAUUCACAUCUUUAGGUGUAAACCUUGACAAGGAACUUGCAAAUGCAAAAAAAGGAGUUUACACUUUUAGGAUUCAAGGAGCAUUAUAUCAUCAAAUUGGUGGUCUUAUGCCAAGAUAUGAUGAUGAAAAACCUUUAUUUGCUCAGAUCUACUUUUUUGAUUCAAAUAUGGAUAAUCAACUUAAAAGAAGACAAGAAAUGUUUCCAAAUUUGAAUGUCGAUAUGCUUAAAGAGUUACAAAAUGAAUUAAAUAUAAUCAAUCCAUUUGUUAAUCAAUUUGUAACUGCAGGAGCAAAGGCAAAAAUAGAAUCAGAUAAUUCUCAUUGGAGAAUG